AUGUCACAAGUAGAAGAACCUAUAAUCGAUAACUCACAGUUAGAACAUUCUGCCCAUUCAUUAAUGUCCACUGCACCUGUUGAGGGAUCACAAAAUGGAGAGAUAAUGGGUGCUCCUGGUUUUAUACCAGUAGGAUCUCAAAAUCAAACUGCAACAAAUGCAACUCAAGUAGAACAAGAAGAAGAUGGAGAAGGUGAAUAUGAUGCCGAGAAUGAUCUAGCCUUGGCUUCAUUUGUUCCAAUAGAAAAAUUACAAGUGAAUGGUAUUACCCCUGCUGAUAUAAAAAAAUUAAGAGAAGAUGGUUUACAUACUGUUGAAGCUGUUGCAUAUGCACCAAAAAAGGCUUUGUUGGAGAUUAAAGGUAUUUCCGAAGCAAAAGCUGAUAAAUUAUUAAAUGAAGCCUCGAGGUUAGUACCUAUGGGAUUUGUGACCGCAGCAGAUUUCCAUUCAAGAAGAUCAGAAAUGAUUUGUUUAACUACAGGUUCAAAAAAUUUAGACACUUUACUUGGUGGUGGUGUAGAGACUGGGUCAGUCACUGAAUUAUUUGGUGAAUUUAGAACAGGUAAAUCUCAAUUAUGUCAUACUCUGGCUGUUACAUGUCAAAUUCCAUUAGAUAUUGGUGGUGGUGAAGGGAAAUGUUUAUAUAUUGAUACUGAAGGUACAUUUAGACCUAUUAGAUUGGUUUCUAUUGCACAAAGAUUUGGUUUAGAUCCAGAUGAUGCAUUAAAUAAUGUUGCAUAUGCAAGAGCUUAUAAUGCAGAUCAUCAAUUGAAAUUGUUAGAUGCCGCUGCUCAAAUGAUGAGUGAAUCGAGGUUUUCUUUAAUUGUUGUCGAUUCUGUAAUGGCAUUAUAUAGAACUGAUUUUUCAGGUAGAGGUGAAUUAAGUGCAAGACAAAUGCAUUUAGCUAAAUUUAUGCGUGCUUUACAAAGAUUAGCCGAUCAAUUCGGUGUUGCUGUAGUGGUUACUAAUCAAGUUGUUGCACAAGUUGAUGGUGCAGCUAUGUUUAAUCCAGAUCCUAAAAAACCAAUUGGUGGUAAUAUUAUGGCGCAUUCUUCUACUACAAGACUUGGAUUUAAGAAAGGUAAAGGUUGCCAAAGAAUUUGUAAAGUUGUUGAUUCGCCAUGUUUACCUGAAGCUGAUUGUGUAUUUGCAAUUUAUGAGGACGGUGUUGGUGAUCCAAGAGAAGAAGAUGAAUAA